UGAGAUACAUUCAUUUGCAAAAUGUCUGCGGCCAUGUCAUCACUAACUUUUCUUAUGUUUACAUGUUUCGGGUUUUCAUGUGUGCUUUGUGGCAAAUAUGUGCCGGUUAAAGUAAAAAUUGAAACACAUGAAGGAGGUGUGCCACCCAAAAUAUUUACAGGGGAAGAACUAUCGAAAUACGAUGCAUCAAACCCAGAAGAGCCAAUAUACUUAGCAAUAAAAGGGGUUGUGUUUGAUGUGACAUCAGGCAGACAGUUCUACAGCAAGGGUUCCGAUUACAAUGUGCUGGUGGGGAAGGAUGCCAGUCGGGCCCACGCACUCUGGUCCCUGGAGGAGAAGGAUCUCACACAUGAUCUGAGUGGAUUGAGUGACAAGCAACUACAGGGGUUGGAUGAUGUUUACACACAGACGUACCUGCCUAAAUACACAGUCGUGGGCUACAUGGACUAUCUGAUAAAACAGCAAGAAGACGAUAUUCAAAAGAGGUUCACCAAUGAAGAAUUGUAAUCAUAAAGCGGCAGUUUUGAGUUGUAAGAAAUUAUCAGGUCAAGUUAACCUUUUCUUGUUCUUAAGUACUUUAAAGGUUCUUUGUUAAUAUUUUUAUAGCUUUGAAAUCAAACUUGUGCUAUUGUCUUGUUUUGAAACGAUUGAAUUUUGAAAAAUACUUUUAGUUUUGUCUAGAAAACAUUGUGUACUCAAACCCAUUUAUUGGAUGAACACACACAUAUAAAGAAAAAUUUAGUAAAAAAUGUAAAUAAUUAAAUUACAGUUUUUCAACAAGGAAACAUCAUGAUAAUCAUUGAGUUCAGAUUUAGUAGAUUCUUCAAAAUCCUGUUUUAUAAUUUCUUAUGUUUUAACUUUUAUA